AUGGCUCAAAUAUCCUCGCAAGGAAACAAUGCAAUUAUUUAUUUGACUUAUGCCUUCAUGUUGGCUACUGGUGUCUUCAUUGCCCUCAAGUUUACUCGAGCUGACACCUUUUUGUCAUCGAAUGGAACACUGAGAGGUAUACCCCUUUCAUUGAACUUCAUUGCUUCUGGUAUGUAUGCUCAAUAA